GACAAUGUUGAUUAGCUACCUCGUCCUGUUGCUGCCGUGCUUGGGAUCCUCAAAGCAGCAAGGAUGGCUGGACCGCAUGGUGGCGUGCCAUAAGAAGAACUUCCUUCAGGAGUUUGCAAACAUCCCACCGCUCACUGUGACGGUCGAGAAGGCUCCCCCUGGGUUCGUAGACUCGCCGAAAUGGGACCGGGACUCCGUAAUGCGGCUCGUCAUGUUGGUGGAGGUGUUAGAUGCGAGACAAGCACGGCAAGCUAUCCGCCGCGCGCUGUCUCCCUCCCGCCGCCAGUUCGACCUCCCCCCGGGGAAGAAUAGCUUCGACCUCUUCCCCAGCUGGAGUAAGGAUCACCCCAACCACUUUUAUUACGACGACAUGGUCCACUACGACGACAAAAUGACUAACGCACCCCAAGACGACAAAGUGACGGACGACACAGUCGUUUACAUCUCCAACCCGGUCGAGGCCCGGCUGCCUGCUUCCAUGGUCACUGUCAGGCUCCUAAGGGAAAUAAUGGAGAUGCGAGCAAUCGGUCUGCGUGAGAUGCCGCCCUCACCUCGAUCUACAUACACCUGGUCAAAGAAGUCGCAGAACCCCGAGGACUUCGCAAGAAAAACGACGGCAGCUGGCGGAGCAGACACCACCGCUGCGGGAGACGCCACGCCUCCGAAGGAUGGCGAGGGAAAUGAGACAGAAAAGCCGGCCGAGGGAGAACAGAAAGAAGAAAAGAAAGAAGAAGAAAAGAAAGAGAAAUAA